CGGUCCGGUUCCUGACGCUGCAGCCGGGACACAGACAGCCGGGUCACAGCGGUUCACCACGUCAGAGGGACACGUACCGCGGGGGGCCGAGUCCGGGCAAAGUGCACACAGGAAGCCUCUCCAACACUGCCUCCCUGGUCUGAAGCGGGGCAGACACGAUGCAGCGGGGCAACGACGCGGUGCAGCGGGGCAACGACGCGGUGCAGCGGGGCAACAACCGGGUGCUGUGGUGGGCUCUGGCUCUGGCUCUGUGCGUCGCGCCUGUGAUGUCGCACCCGCAGUGUUUGGACUUCAAGCCGCCCUACAGACCGCUCAGGGAGCUCGAGUUCUGCGUGAUGUACAAGGAGUUUGGCUGCUGUGACCACCAGAGAGACCAGGAGCUGAUGGCCAAGUACUACCAGAUUAUGGAUCACUUUGAUUAUUAUGGGUAUGCCAACUGUGCUGGGUUCGUCCUGGAGCUGCUGUGCCAGGAAUGCUCUCCAUAUGCAGCUCACCUCUUUGAUGCUGAAGACCCGAGCACCCCAGUCAGGACCAUCCCCGGCCUCUGUCCUGACUACUGCUCCCAGUUUUGGAAGAAGUGCAGCUCCACCAUCCCAUACCUGUCUGACGACCCAUUCACAGCCACAGUCAAAGAAGACCAGACACGUCUCUGCCAGUAUCUGAAGCUCGACGAUGUGGACUACUGCUACCCUAACCUCCUCAGCAGCCAAAAGCUCAGCCAGAGUCUGGGCCGGGUUCAGUCAGACUCUGAUGGCUGUCUGCAGCUGUGCCUGGAAGAAGUUGCCAAUGGGCUGCGGAACCCGCUCGCCAUGGUGCACGCCAACGAUGGCACACAUCGGUUCUUUGUGGCAGAACAAGUAGGCUUGGUGUGGACGUACCUUCCUGAGCGGUCCAAACUGGAAAGACCAUUUUUGAACAUUACCAAGGUUGUGUUAACGUCAUCAUGGGAAGGUGACGAGAGAGGCUUUCUGGGACUCACCUUUCACCCAAAGUACAAAUACAAUGGGAAGCUCUAUGUGUAUUACUCAGUGGAGGUGGGUUUUGAGGAGAGGAUUAGGAUCAGUGAGUUCCAUGUGUCAGCCAUUGACAUGAAUGUGGUGGAUCACGCCUCUGAGCGGGUAAUUCUGGAGAUCGAUGAACCAGCAUCCAACCACAAUGGAGGGCAACUUCUAUUUGCAGAUGAUGGCUACUUGUAUGUUUUCACAGGGGAUGGUGGAAUGGCAGGAGAUCCCUUCGGGAAAUAUGGGAAUGCCCAGAACAAGUCAGCUCUGUUGGGUAAAGUUCUUCGCAUUGAUGUGAAUGACAAUGAGAGAGGCCCGUUGUACAGAAUUCCUCCAGAUAACCCCUUCAUACACGAGCAAGGGGCACGACCUGAGAUUUAUGCUUACGGUGUCCGCAAUAUGUGGAGGUGUUCUGUGGAUCGGGGCGACCCACGGACCAAAGAGGGCAAAGGACGUAUCUUCUGCGGGGAUGUGGGCCAGAACAAGUUCGAAGAGAUUGACAUCAUUGAGAAAGGACGAAACUACGGAUGGAGAGCCAAGGAGGGCUUCUCUUGCUACGACAAGAAGCUGUGUGCCAACAGCUCGCUAGAUGAUGUCCUCCCUAUUUAUGCGUACCCUCACAAGAUGGGCAAGUCAGUGACUGGUGGCUAUGUGUACCGAGGCUGUGAACACCCCAACAUGAACGGCAUGUACAUAUUUGGAGACUUUAUGAGCGGGCGUUUGAUGAGCCUGCGGGAGGACAGAAACACAGGGAGCUGGGAAUACAAUGAGAUAUGUAUGGGGAUGGGCCGGACCUGUGCCUUCCCUGGACUCAUCAACAACUACCACCAGUACAUCAUCUCCUUUGCAGAGGACGAAACUGGCGAGCUGUACUUCAUGUCAACUGGAAUACCGAGUGCCACAUCACCUUCAGGAGUCAUUUAUAAAGUGGUGGACCCCUCCAGACGUGCUCCACCGAGACAAUGUCACUAUGACCCUCUUCCUGUCAGAGUGAAAAGCAACCUCAUCAAGUUUGUUCCCCAGGAAACAUUAAUCGGCGUUGAGCCGCCAAACAAAAUCAAGCCUGAGCCACAACCCACGGAGUCUGUCGACUGGCUCCAAGAGCUCAUUGAUCGUCUAGGAGGACCAGAACCGACCAUCAUGUUACCAACCACAACUACCACCAAAUCACCAAGACAUUCGAGGAGGAAAGGCAGACGCAGGAAGGGCAAAUCCAGAACGGAGAGUACACCCGAGCUCCAGAACGGAGUGGUAAGGCUGGCUGGGGUGGGACAGGACCGAAGCGACCGUGGACGGGUGGAGAUCUACGUUAACGGCAACUGGGGCACCGUGUGUGACGACCUAUGGACCACCAGGAAUGCUGCAGUGGUUUGCCGGCAGCUGGGAUUCAGGUAUGCUCUGAAGGCAGCCAAGAACUCUGAGUUCGGGGAGGGGAAUGAUCUGCAGAUUCUUCUGGAUGACGUUCAGUGUGAAGGAACCGAGUCCAGCCUGCUGGACUGCCAACAUGGCGGCGUGGGGAUACAUAACUGUGCCCAUUAUGAAGAUGCUGGGGUGAUCUGUGGCAAUUCGGACUCCGUUGUUGAAAUCUAAAUGGUUGACUACUAUGAAAUCAGGACUAAGGAUCAGCAACUAAACUUUUUGGUCUUUAAAAUCCACCCCAAAUUUAACAGUUAAAAACAUGUAUUUUCAAUCUACUCCUGGUGGAGAAUUGUCUCAUUCCCAUGAAUGAGCACACCAAACAUAAACCACAUGACUUAGUGCCAUUGUAAAAUUUUCAGCGGCUCCAAUUAAGUUGAACAGAAUAAAUGUGUUCGAAAAUGACUGUAUUUCGUUGUCAGUCCAUCACAGUAGAAAGGUAAGGGGGCAUUUUUGAAUAAGGAGCAUGCCACUAAUUGUAUUCAUAGGAACCACUGGUGAAUGCAAAAGGUUUAGGGAAUCACAAAGUGAUGUAGGUUUAGGGAACUGGCAGCACCAACAAAGGCAAUCUUUUCAUCAAAGCGUUCUAGAGGUUAUUUAUUAGAGAACCUACAGCUGGAAUGCAUCUAACUCUGUAACCAUAUCUUAGGGUGGGGUGCUCCUUCAGUAAUGUGUUACUUGCCAGUAGUGUCUCAGUUUUGUGUCAAAGGUAAAUGUUAAUAACAGAGUUUAUUUUUAAUUUUCCAUCAUACACUGAAAUGUUUCAUUUGAAAGUUUGAAUUUGAAAGUAUUUUCUUUCUCAGUGAUUUGUUACAGUAAUCAAUUUGACAUCUAGUUAUGUCGUCAUAUUUCCUAGUGAAUGUUUAAUGCCCACUGAAUGAAUGUAUGGGUGUGUUAUGGUAUUGUGAUUUUAGUAAAUAAUAUGAAUAAAAAGCUUUCUAGUCUG